AUGAGAGCUGUACAAUUCCACGGAGCGCGCGAUGUCCGCGUCGAGACUGUGUCUGAGCCAUUCGCCCAACCUAACCAAGUACUCAUAGACAUCGAGUGGUGUGGUAUAUGCGGCUCAGAUCUUCAUGAAUACAAGUCCGGACCUCAAUUCAUUCAACGCAAGCAAUCCACUCAAACAACGACAGGGGAGUGCCAGCCGGUGACGAUGGGUCAUGAAUUCUGUGGCAGAGUUCGAGAGCUGCCUGAUAGCUACACGGGAGCGUUGAAGGUCGGUCUGCCAGUAAUGGUUGAUCCCAGACUCGUGUGUGGACACUGUGACGCUUGCGUCAGGUCUGCGUCGAAUGUCUGCAAGGACCUGGGAUUUCUCGGGCUGAGCGGUGGCGGUGGCGGCCUGUCGGAGACGGUAGCUGUCGAUGUCAAUAAGUGUUACGCACUGCCAGAGAACGCUGAACUAGAGAUAGCUGCGCUAAUUGAGCCGCUGGCCGUGGCACGGCACGCCGUGCGGGUAUCGAAACUUGACAAGUUCCAUGACCUGACCGUGCUGGUCCUUGGAGGUGGGCCAAUUGGGCAAGCAGUGGUUCAUGACCUGGCAGUUCAGGGUGCUGGGCAAGUCCUUCUUUCAGAGCCGGCCGAGGCACGACAGAAACAAGUGCGGAAUAUGAAAGCUACAGUCAUUGAUCCCAGCAAAGAUGACGUUGCCGUUGUUUGUCUGGAGAGAACCCAGGGGGUGGGUGUGGACGUGGUUUUCGAUUGCGCUGGAGCUGCGGCGGCAAUGAACGCAGCAUUUUCCGCGCUCCGGGUCAAGGGAACGUAUGUGACUGUCGCAGGCUGGCAGGCUCCGUUCACGGUCCCGUUUGCGCCUCUAAUGUUGAAGGAAGUUUCCAUCCUUGGUUCAAUGGCAUACGAUGACCAGGAUUUCGCCGAGGUGGUGAGGAAUUUCUGUGAAGGUAAAUAUAAAAACCUUGCAGAUAUGGUAACUUCUCGAAUCGGGUUCGCGCAGGUCGUACAGGAGGGGUUCGAGCAGCUGAUUAGUAGCACUGACAGCUUGAGGCACGUGAAGAUUCUGGUCACGCCGAGACAAGAGCUGCUCAGGGUUUGA